AUGCUCGGUAUCCCCAACCUGCCCAACAAGCUUCCCUCCCGCAAUUGGAUGAUCUUCUGGACCGUCUCGGCCUCUAUCACAGCUGCAAUUAUCUACGACCGCCGCGAGAAGAGGCGAAACAUCGCGAAAUGGAGACACGCUGUCGAGCAUCUGGCUGCCGAGCCCAUCACCGAUAAACUCGGCCUUGAACAGCCGCGCAAGCUGACCAUCUACCUCUCCGCCCCACCCGGCGACGGUCUGCGCGUCGCUCAGGAUCACUACACAGAAUACGUCAAGCCUGUCCUUGCCGCCAGUGGCUUGGACUGGGAGUUUGUGCAGGGCCGUCGGGAAGGCGACGUACGCGCCGUAGUCGCAGACAGAGUGCGCAAGGUGCGCCGUGGGUGGGAGAAAAAGGAAGAGCAAGACCCCGACCGCGAGCCUACGAAGGACGAGUUGAUAGAGAUGUACCGCCAGCAGCGCGGCAUCAAGGACUACGAGGGUGUUCGGGGCGAUGUUGUCAUUGGCCGUCACACGUGGAAGGAGUACCUCCGGGGUCUGCACGAGGGUUGGUUGGGCCCGCUGGUCGCGCCCGCCGAGCCUGCGCCGCUCCCUCCUACACCCGCACCCGCUGCGGCUGAGGGUAGCCCAUCUACAGAAGAGAAGCCCGCCGAGGAGAAGAAGGAGGAGGAAGCCCCGAAGCCCAAGCGCCCACCCCAACCCAAGCCAUACAACACCACCUCCGAUUACCCGUCCGAGACCCUUCACCCCCUGACGCCACAGGAGCUCACACCGGCGGUCCCCAUCCGUGAGCCUCAUAUCCUCGGCUUCCUCAACACCCCCACACGCAUGGUCCGCUUCUUCAACCGCCGCUCGCUUGCCGACGACAUCGGCCGCGAGGUCGCCGCUGUGUGCCUGUCCACCUACCGCGACUUCCAGCAACAAACCAACCCGGACGCGCCCUCGGCCGAUUCGGUGCAGUAUGAGCAGGCGAAAGAGCUCGAGUGGGAGGAGAAGGACUGGCCCAAGAAGGUAUGGAAGGAGGAUGAGGCUGAUGCGGAUAAGGAAGUGACGGAGAAGAUCCACACGAAGCCGGUGGUGAUGGACCCAAGAAUUGCGCACCGCAUGAGGAGGUUCGCCUUGACGCCCGAGGUCGAGGAUCGCGUGAGCAAGAUUAAGGUGCCUGAGGAGGAGGUGGAGGGCUGGAUUAAGGGAUCACUCAGGCAGGCCUACCGUUGGGGCUACGACAAGGCCUUCAACAAGAAGAAGCUUGUCCCUUUGGAGGAUAAGGAUGUUGAGUAA